AUGGGCGAGGAGGGGCGGGGCGGCGCGGCGCGGGGUCGGGGCGGCGGCGGCGGCGGCGGCGGCUGCGGCGCCAUGGAGCUGGGGGCGGGCGCGGGGGCGGGCGCCAGCCCCGGCGCGCGGGGCGGCUCGGAGUCGGGCCGCGUCCUGCUGCUGCUGAUGGGCGGCGGCGGCGGCGGCGCGGGCCGGGCGCGGCGGGGCGGCGCGGAGGCGUCGGGCCCCGGGGGAGCCGAGGCGGCUCGGGGCCCGGAGCCCCGCUCGCCGCCCGCCCCCGACUACGAGGCGCUGCCGCAGGGCGCCGCCGUCUCCACGCACAUGCUGGCGGGCGCUGUGGCGGGCAUCAUGGAGCACUGCGUGAUGUACCCCAUCGACUGCGUCAAGACUCGGAUGCAGAGCCUGCGGCCCGAGCCCGCCGCCCGCUACCGGAACGUGUUGGAGGCCCUGUGGCGUAUCGUGCGUACCGAGGGCGUGUGGAGGCCCAUGCGGGGCCUGAACAUCACCGCCACCGGCGCGGGCCCGGCCCACGCCCUCUACUUCGCCUGCUACGAAAAGUUAAAAAAGACGCUGAGCGACGUCAUCCACGCGGGGGGCAAUAGCCAUAUGGCCAACGGUGCAGCCGGGUGUGUAGCAACAUUGCUCCACGAUGCUGCGAUGAACCCUGCAGAAGUGGUCAAACAGAGGAUGCAGAUGUACAACUCGCCUUACCAGCAUGUGACAGACUGUGUACGGACUGUGUGGCGCAACGAAGGGGUUGGAGCUUUCUACCGCAGCUACACCACCCAGCUCACCAUGAACAUCCCCUUCCAAGCCAUUCACUUCAUGACCUAUGAGUUCUUGCAAGAGCACCUCAACCCCCACAGACAGUACAACCCAGGCUCCCACGUGGUCUCCGGGGCCUGUGCGGGGGCUGUAGCUGCUGCUGCCACUACACCUUUGGACGUUUGCAAAACGCUGCUCAACACCCAGGAGUCCCUGGCCUUGAGCUCCAACAUCAGCGGACACAUCACAGGCAUGGCCAAUGCCUUCAGGACGGUGUACCAAGUGGGCGGUGUGACUGCCUACUUCAGAGGGGUCCAGGCUAGAGUCAUUUAUCAGAUGCCCUCAACAGCGAUUGCCUGGUCUGUGUACGAGUUCUUUAAGUACAUCCUCACCAAGCGCCAGGAAGAGCGUCGGGCUGGGAAGUGAGCCGAGCCAAACCUGACUCCAGACCUGCUUCAUCUCCCCUCCUGGUUUGUCUUCUGACCCUCUCCCUUUUGAUUCGGUUUGUGUUGUAGAGAGGGGGCAGCAAAGCCCUUCUGGGUUUAGCGGUGCCAUUUCUUGCCUGGGGCAGCUGCAGCUCGGCUCUGGCUGCACAGCUCACUCACUCCUGUGGCCUCCCGAGAUGUCCUGCUGGGAGCUGCAGCACAGAUCACAUCCCCCGGCACUUCACUGGAGCUGUGCUCCCAUUCUUCCCUUAACAAAAUCCUCCUCUAAUGCAAAGUUCACCCCUGCUUGGAGGUGAAAGUGAAUGUCCUGCCCUGCCACUGGUAGGGCCAUAGCUGAGCUCAGUCACCAAGGAAGGAGCAGUGGCACUGCCGAGGAUGGUGAGGGUUUCGUCUGGCUUUUGGCUGAAGCAGAGUGUAAGCUUUGCCGUUGUCUUGUAGCACGCACACAUAACGCUGACUGCCCUGGUGGUGGUGGGUAGGGGAGGAUGGCACUUGAGGAGGGGAGGCUGUAGGUUUGUUCUUGUUCCUGCUCUUGACACCUCCAAUAAAAACAGUUCUGCUCUA